AUGGCAUCAUCAACCGGUGCUCCACUACAAGAAUGGCUCGUCAUUGUACCCGACCAUGCGGGUGCGCUGCAGAAGCGUAUUGCGAGCCGGCCGAAACAUUUGGAGGGACUCAAGGCCGAUAGGGAGGAUAUGUGGUUAUGGGGUGGAGCAAUGCUCGAAGAACCCAUCAAAGAAGGCGAUACGAACCCUCCCAAGAUGAAAGGCUCAGCGUGCCUCAUUGGAGCCAAGACGAGAGAGGAGGUUGUCGAGAGGCUAAAGCAGGAUCAAUAUGUCAAGGAUGGCGUGUGGAAUGUGGAUGAGGCGCAAAUUAUUCCAUUCAAGAGUGCUCUUAGGAAGGCUUUGUAG